UUGCACCAGUAAGUGCAUGAUAUAUAUACCUGAGUUUUUGCCGAUGAUAUAUAUACUUGUUCUUGUAAAUUUCUGCACAAGAGCUUUUGGCAGCUGCUGCAUUAUUCACUUGUGCGUUGAGUGUUUUAUUUGACAAGUGAGUGGGUGAUGUCAGUUUUGGCUCUAUACAUAUUUACUGGCCAGGUGGGAGUAAUCAUGGUUUUAAAGGCGCCAAGGCGUCCUAAGGCGAAGGGGGGGGCGCUCUGACGCUUAGGCGAUGCCUAGGCGCCUAAGGCGGGCGUUUUUCUAAGGCGGAGGGGGAGCGCCUGGACGCUGAGGCGACGCCAAGGCGACGCCUUUAAAACCAUGGGAGUAAUAAGAUAAUGAUGUACAAGUCAGUGAUGUGAGAUCUUGAUUUGAGUUCCACUGCAGUACAGUACCGGUUUGGGAUAAUUUCGUUGUAUGUUAUGUGCAAAACAUCGUGGCAAUAAAUAAUCUAGUUAAUUGUUAUAUAUGCCAUACCAUGCUGUAUCCAUGAUGUAGCUUUGUUAGGUUUUAAGCUGGAGGAUAACUUCAACCAAAGCUUAAAGUUAUGGAGUUAAGAAUGCGACUGAAAAAAUAGCCAUUGUUAUUUGUAUAAACUUUCAACAUUGUUAAGCGGCGCUGCAAGUUCAGAAACCAGUGGAAUCAUAAUGUUACACUCCUACAAAUAUUGGAAGUUGUUGUCAAUGUUCUCAUGCUCUGAAUAUUCUUCUACUCCUGCAAAUAUUGCAAGUUAGUGUCAAUAUUGUACUGCUACUCAAUGGAGUAAAAAUAUAACAAGUUACUGUGAGUUGCUACUGUUAUUCUUUGAAUUAAACAAGAGUAGUUACUAUCAAACUAGAGUCCUGCCGUUUACUACUGUGAAACUAGAGUACUGUCAAUUGCUACUGCUAGGAAUUUUAUGCCUCAUACAAGGGAAGGCUUGCCACAUUUGUGUGUGCCCCUACCUAAAGAUGUCUUAUUUAUUUCUGGAGAAAAUGCUCAAUUUUAUGCCCUGUCUGAUUCUUCCAAACUGAAGAUGCUCAACUGGGCUUUGUUUUAAUUUUUCCAUUUCAGUUUUUAUUGGAUUAACUCAUAUUAGUGCCCUUCCAGAUGGGAAGGACAUUGCACCGAUGCGAAACUGGAAGGUCGAUCCAAAUGCUUGCAACCCAUUCCAUAUAUGCGCCUCGUACUGCUUCGAUUAUUUGAAUGAAGGCUCGGAGCGCCGACAGCUCCAAGCAAGCCAGGCACUAGGUGAUGUUGUAGUGGAUGAAGAAGCCCCAGGUAGCAAUGGUGUCAGUUUCUUGGAGGACCAGUUAAACAUCCAUGAUGUUGCUUCAGCAAGCAAUCCUAACUUGACUGCACAGGAAGACGAAUCAAUUGAUGCUGCAGUAGCAGAGGAGCUUGAUCUUGAAAUAUCUGAAGAAGCUCCUGAUAACUAUGGUGAAGAGAUGACAUCAUUCAGUUAGAAGAAGCUCCUGAUAACUAUGGUGUAUUAUUGAUGAAUGCAAAACACUAGUUUAGCCGUAAGUUCAGUUUCUUACAUUGAACAGGUGGUUAACUACUCACUGACCCAUACAUUUGCAGGGCAAUAUAUGCUUAGCAAUCAUCAUUUGCGGCAACGUCAUGCAAUCAAAUGUGGUUUUUCUUUCACCAUUCUACUAUGAGAACCCAUAAAUUCCAGAUU